CCCGAAUGCCUUCCAGCUGGUAAACCUGAGACAGCUAAAGAUCGGGACAUCGUUGCACCAGCCAUGGUUUCAUUCGUUGUCGGUACCGCUUGCCCUGGUGAGGGGGGUUUGGUCAAUGAAUUGGUACAGGCGACUGAGGUUGCCCAGGUUGCACUUGUUCCAUUUGCCUGCUUUCAGGGGAUUCUGAUGAAUGCGUCACCAUCCUCGACACAAUGCAUUUGGUGUUGAAGUUCCUGGUGAGGCCUCCGCACGGGCUACAAGCAUUGGUCGACCCUUCAUGAUCCAGUCUGCCCACCACUUACUCGGUCACCUGGGUUGGCCCUUGACACAGUUAGGAGGAGAGAGGGUGUGCUCAGAUUUCAUCUUACUUUCUUGUAUUGCUGUACUUGCUUGCAUGCCUGGACGAAGAGAGCUUGGAACUUUGUUUGUGCUUGGGCGGCACGCCAGCCAGCGCGGCGCAGCAACGGCCAUCGAGCCCUGCGAGGCUAUGAGCACGCCAAGAGACGAUGCCGCAAAACUCUUGUGGCAGCUUGUGGGUUGCUCAUGGCCCGCAACUCUUAGGAAGACUAAACCACUACAUGGCCACCUCUUUGACAUGGUCGUUCAACAUGGUCGUUCACCACCUUCGGAGCCUUGAAACCUGAGCCUCUCGGGCCGCACAAUACGUGCUUUUCCCUAGUGUUUAUUUAGAUCCUGCACGGCACAGCCCGCGCAGCACGGCAUCACCGCUAGCACCUGUCUGGCAGAAAUUAUGUUCAAGCCUUUUGCCGGCGUCCUGAGCCACAAGCUCUACCCGCUAAAGGCCAUGGCUACACGUUAACGUUCUGCAACGGUCCGUGGAAGAUUCAUGGAAGGUGGCUGUGGGCAAACUCUUGCAGCCACCCUUGACGUGUGUACAAAGCUGACUGUUGACACUGACCUUGGCCACUGCUGCACUGCUCACGCCGUGCACAGUUGCUCACAAUCCGUCCGAGCUAA